AUGGUAAACAUCUCCUUGAACGAGACACUCCAAUCCCGUAUAGCUUUUACUCGCAUUGGACCAAAACGGAUUGCUGGAGUCGCUUUGCUCACUUAUCUUCGUCAUGACCCAUUUAUUGCUGCCACUUUCUUGCAUGAAUUGGAGGAUCGUGUGAAGGAGAUGCUGCACUCGUUCGCGUUUAAGACAAGGCGUUAUAUUGCUAACCUUGGCCACGGCAUCUGCCCCGAUGUGGAACCCGAGAAGGUGGCCGCUUUUGUCGACCUAGUGCACCGGUACUCUGCUGAUGGCAUCGCCGCAUAA